AUGGGGGCCUGCGGUGCAAAGCAACUCAGCGGAGCUCGUGGUCUAGACGCUGGCGAUGACACGCUUGGGGGUAGCACGGAGAAUACGGAGCCAAGAGAGGUGGCGAGGCCAAGUGACAAGUUUCCAGAGUCUCAACCCUAUUUAGCCGAGACAGUUCACCCCAGCCUUCUAGGCCGGUUCUACCGGCCCAAGAACGUUACUUUCGAGUCAAGCAUAAAGUUGAACGUGACGGAAGGAGUUUCUCCAUGGAUACUAGGCACUCCAGGUGGCGGUAGCGUAGGCUCCAAAGAAAGCUCUCAACCGGGUCUCUCAAAUGCCUCCAAGCCUUCAAGUCUACGCGUCGCGGGCACUACGGAUGCCGGAGCAUCACCAGAAAGUACUCGCAGUAGCGAUGCUGGACUUCUUCAGGAGAAGGCAGUUCAGAUUACAGGAGCCGAUUCACCCGUUGCGCUUGAAAAGAUCGGGGUCAGCGUCGUAUGUAAAAAGGGUUACAAGCCAACCUGCCCGAACAAUGACGGGUUCUUUGUUUCACAUGUAAGGGGAUGUACAGUCUGCUGUGUCCUUGACGGGCAUGGCCCAUUUGGCCACGAGAUCUGCCAUGUCGUACAGCAAGACUUACUCAGACUAACUACUGACAAUCCAGAUCUGCCAAUUCGAUCAAAAAGUGUACUUCAGGAGGCUUUUCUGAAGGCCCACAGCAACUUGCAAUCGAAGUGUGACUCCUUUAGAUUGGACAGCAAGUUUAGCGGCACUACCGUCACCGUUCUAGUAUACCUGAGAAAACAAAACAAGCUGUUCACUGCUCACGUCGGUAAUAGCAGAGCUGUGCUCUGCAAGAUGAACAGAUAUGGUUGUGGGGUUCGCGCGGUAGACCUCACUGUGGACCACACUCCAACCAACAAUAAAGAACUACGACGGAUCGUUAAAGCUGGAGGACAGGUUAGGGCCCUAGGUGGUGAUGGUCUCCAUCGCAUUUUCUUGACGAGCGGAUGCUUGCCUGGACUGGCCGUAGCUCGGUCCAUUGGCGACACACUAGCAGGGGGUGCAGGUGUCAUAUCUCUGCCCGAGAUAAGGGAAUACAAAAUCGACGCCAAGCGCGACAAGUUCCUCCUAUUAUGUACUGACGGUGUCUGGAACGUCCUUUCAUCACAAGAGGCAGUUGAAAUAGCCAAUUCGGCCGAGCAGCAAGAAUGGAGAACAGCCCCAGAAGAACUGGCUCGUGAGUCGUGGCGCCGAUGGAUCAACGAGGAGCAAAUCUUCGCAGACGACAUGACUGUACUCUUCCUAAAACUAUGCUGA